AUGUCUGGAAAGGGGGCCAAAGGACUUAUGGGCAAGGGCCCAGAGGGCCUGGACAAGCUAAGAGACAAAAAGAAGCCAAUUUCACGUUCUUCUAAAGCGGGCUUGCAGUUCCCCGUGGGACGCAUCCAUCGCCUGCUCAAGUUGAGAGUGGCCGCUAACGGCCGAGUCGGUGCCACUGCAGCAGUGUACGGCGCUGCAAUCCUCGAGUAUCUCACAGCGGAAGUUCUAGAGCUAGCGGGGAACGCGUCGAAGGACUUAAAGGUGAAGCGUAUUACACCGCGUCAUCUUCAGCUGGCGAUCAGAGGCGACGAGGAGUUGGAUACAUUGAUCAAGGGUACGAUCGCUGGUGGUGGUGUCAUCCCACAUAUUCACAAGUCGCUGAUCAACAAGCAAGGAGGAAAGAAAGACUGA